UAUUCGUUCUCUUUGCGGCUCGCCUGUGCGGGCGUCAAGGCAACAGCAACCCUCCAGACGUUAGGACACCUGGGGGAAGGGGAGGAGAAGGGGCCUCCCACCUUCUAUCACGAAAUGGGUGACGUGAGGAAGAACAGUCCCAGAGCUGAGAUCAGCAGCCACGUGCCUUCUCCUGCCUGCCUGUUGAAAUUAGAGAAGCACACGGCUGAUUUCAAAGAUGUCAUAAAGAGCAGAAAGAGUGUGUCUCAGCCAAGAGGGAGGAUGUGGAGCGCUCAUCCAUGUGUGCGACCAGGGAAGAGGAACAAGGCCUCCUCACCUUGUUGGCAGAAGCAGGACUUGGAACACAGCAGGCUCUUUCACACCUCCCUCAGACAACUGCAGGCUAAGCUGGAGGCUGAAAGUCAGCAAGCACAAGAAAUGAUCCAUCAUUUACAGGACACAGAAAAUGGUUUAAUGAAGUGUUUGCUCAUCUCACUCAUGUUCACUGACCCAUGUCUUAUUGAGGAGUUGGAGCUUUUUCUGCGUCAGCGUGAAGAGGUGGGGCUGAGGAGGCGGGAGCUUCUCCACAAGCACUGGACUGAGCGGGUGUGGUUCCCCCUCCAGAAGACAGUGGAGGAACAUGCGUCCAGCCGUAGUCCAGCUGAGGCCAAAAGACUGCGGAACUACUACAGCCACUACCUACAUCACUGUGAUUCUAAGGGUUAUAUCUUUCUAGAAACCUACGAUCCCAGAGAAUACAAUCCUUUCCUUCUCAAAAAGCCUCCCUACCUCAAGUGGCUACGUCUCUUCCAGGCUCGAUGCCUUACCACGCCAUAUUGCUGCAACCUCAGCUCCAGAUGGAAGGUGCCAUCAGACCAGCUGCUGGUUCUC